AUGGAGGCGGGAAAGAAUGCAACAGACAAGCCGGGCUCAUCUGCGCCUGGUGGACGACCUGUGAAUCCGGACACAACCGGGAACCCUAUCUUGCGUUUCAUCAAACAAUUUUCUUUCGGGCAAGAUUUUAUAAGUGGUGGUGAGUGCUUUUCUGUGCGAUUCAUUUCAUACCAUGUAAUCUUCCAGUCAAACCGCAUUCCACUGACGUUUGUCGUUAUGCUGUUUUUAAUGACUCUCUUGAUCGUUGUUGAUCGCGGCCUAUAUCUAAGAAAAUGGAUUCCUGGAAAAUUCGCCUAUCAACUGCUUAUGAUCGUCUUCCUGCACGUAUGGGUGUUCUUCGUGUUACCAUCGCUUACAAGAAGAGCGGCAGUGGAGAAUUCAGUGGCAAGAAUGUUCUACAUCGUAAAAUGUCUCUAUCUUCUCGUAUCGGCUUGGCAGAUCCGUAAUGGUUAUCCACAAUUAUGUAUUGGGAAUCUACUUACCCAUGCAUAUGGCCUAUUCAACAUGAUCUGCUUCAAAAUAUUCAUGGCUGUACCAUUCCUCUUUGAACUGCGAACUGCUAUAGACUGGACGUGGACGGACACUUCUAUGCCGUUGUUUGACUUCUUCAACAUGGAAAAUUUCUUUGCUGCAAUAUACAACUUGAAAUGUGCAAGAACC